GAUUUGAAAAACUAAUUUUUUCUAUGAAAAUAAAUCAAGAAUUGCUAUACAAUGUUACUAAACAGAUUCCUUAAAAUUUCCACCAUUGUGUGUCAAAAUUCGGGUAAAAUUGCUACCAGAAGUAUCACACAUUACUUGAGAAAUAAUCGGUAUGAGAAUCACUCCGCUUCAAAUGGAUUUCUACAAACGUUACCAAAAGUAUACUCAGCUAAGAGGUCUUUAUUCAUCAAAACUCAAGAAACACCGAAUCCCAAUAGUUUGAAAUUCAUUCCUGGAAGGACGAUUUUAGAGAAAGGACAGACGAUGGAUUUCCCAAACAUAGCUGCAGCUUCUUGCAGUCCUCUUAGUAAAAUGUUGUUUCGUAUCGAAGGAGUGAAAUCUGUGUUUUUAGCUCACGAAUUUAUCACAGUUACCAAAAUACACGAAGAUGUAGAAUGGAAGUUGUUGAAACCGGAGAUAUUUGCUACUUUGAUGGAUUUUUUCGCUACAGGCCUUCCAAUAAUUACCGAAGCAAAGUCUAAAUCAGAAGGAGAUGUGGCUGAAGAAGGUGAAGAUGAUGAAACUGUAUUGAUGAUCAAAGAAUUAUUAGAUACUCGAAUCAGACCUAUCGUUCAAGAAGACGGAGGCGAUAUUGUGUUUAUGGGAUUCAAAGAUGGCACUGUGAAAUUAAAAAUGCAAGGCUCGUGUACGAAUUGCCCUAGUUCAGUGGUCACCCUAAAAAAUGGCGUUCAAAAUAUGCUUCAGUUUUAUAUACCAGAGAUUAAAAAUGUCGAACAAAUCGAAGACGAAUUAGAAAUCAUAACCAAAGCCGAAUACGAAAAAUUGACGAAAAAAUUGAAAGAAAAAGAGCUAAAAGAAAAAGAACAGCAAAGUCAAGAGAAUGUUUCGCAAGUUGAAAAAUAAAUGUUUCAGUGUCCGAAAUAAAGUUAUUUAAAACCCCAAA